UCACAGUCAGGUUUCAGGCAGCUCUUCAGAGAUUUACUGAAAUCCAUCAGGUUCCCGUCCCGUCAUCCCCUUGAAAUUUCCAGUUUACAAAAUUUCCAGUGUGUGAGAAAUUCCUUCAGUUAUUCGCCAACAUGAGGGUCGCCGUCGGGCUCUUAGCGCUGGCAGUCUUGGCCGGAUUCGUUUCAACCGAAUACGCCUGGACUCCGGGUACCGAAUAUGUCUACUCUGUCCGAGGAAGGAUGAUGACCGGUGUCUCGGUGAUUAACAACCAACACGCUGGGUUCGAAAUUCAAUACAAACUCUACGUCAAAUUGUUGUCGCAAGGAAAAUUGGCCAUCAAGCCCGAAAAUGUUGAACUUGUCGAAACCGAAGAGGAGCUUGACCCUCGUGAAGGUGAUAUCGAGAAGGGAAAGCAGAUCCAACUCAUCGCUGAGAUGAAGAAGGCUCUCGAGUCCCCCAUCCUCGUUACCCUGAAGCAAGGAGUACCCUCCAGCAUCCAAGUCGAGAAGGAUCUUCCAGUUGCUCUCAUGAACGUCAAGAGGGCUCAAGUCUCUCAAGUCAUCGUUGACACCGUCGGUGCCAAGAUCGUCAUUGAGGGUAACAUCCACCGCCGUACUAACUCUGUUCGCCAAGCCGACAAGAAUGACGACAGUGGCUUUUUCUUCGAGACUUUGGAGAAAACCGUCCACGGAGAGUGCGAGACUUACUACACCGUCAGCCAAACUGGUCCCUACCAAUCCGUCUUCCAACACGAGGCUCAAGAUCAACCCGCUGGACAACAAUCCAGUGAAUCUUCCUCUGCCUCCAAGGAACGCCCAUCCUUGAGACGCGCUGAUUAUCAGAAACUCUCACAAAAGUACAACUCUGCUUCUCUUGAAUCUUCCAGCGAAGAGCAACAGCGAGAGAUGCCAUGGCCCAAGGCUUUCAACCAAUUCUGCAGGGAACAAGACCAAAUCUACGAAAUCUACAAGGUCAUCAACUUCACCGCCUGCCAGAACAAACCAGUCCUCGCUUUCUUCAGUCCAGUUGAACUCCUCAAGUGCCGACCUGGCGAUAACUCGUGCGGAUCCAUCUGGAACCGUGCCCUCGUCUCCAGAAUUUUGGCCUGCGGAAGCUCUCGUCGGGACUUCAACAUCCUUCAAAUCAACCAAGAGGAGCAGUUCAACUUUGGACUUCAAGAUGAACAACGCAUCGUUGCCGUUGGUGUGCAGAACAUCACCAUUGAGAAAAUCAGCCACGGAAGCAGCGUUCACUAUUCCCUCAGUCAACCCCAAACUAUUGACCUCACCUAUGAAUUCAGCCGCAAGGAACAACGCCAACAAAUCAACGGAAGGACCCCACAGUCUUGGAACUUGCAAAGCCGCACCCCCCACAGCACCCACGGAAAACAAUCUUCAUCUUCAUCUUCCGAGGAACAGGUCAGGUCAUCAAGCAACAGAUAUCCACGUCAAGCCUCCCAAGAGUACAGCCAGGGACACCAAUCUUACCAUGGCUCUCAAUAUAACAAGCUCCCCUUCCCAACUUUGAAGGAUGCCCCAUUGAGACCACUUCUCAUCUCUCCCUUGACCAUCCCACAAAUGCAGGAACGAGCCGUCGAAUUAGUCCUGGAAUCCGCUUUGGAUAUUCACGAUGAAUCACGAUCCAUUGCUGAACACGAGACUCUUUCCAAGCUCACGGUCACUGCCAAGGUCCUCCGAUUCUUGUCCCAAGACGAAAUUCUUAACGUGUACAACAAUCUUACCCAAAAGCAAUCUUCUUCUUCCGACAAACAAGAAGAGCUUCAACAAAAGACCAGGAAGAACUUCAUCCUCGAUGCCAUGUGCCAAGCAGGAACCAACCCAGCUAUCACUGCCGUGAUGAAGCUGAUCAAGCAGCAAAAGGUCACCGGCGAGAAGGCCGCUCAACUUAUCUCCACCUUCGCUCUCUACAUCAGACACCCAACUCCUGAACUCCUCAAGGAAAUCUUCGAGUUCCUCAAGUCUUCUGUUGUCCAACAAGACCAGCAAAUGAAGACCACCACCAUCCUCGCUUUCUCCGUCCUCUUGAACCAAGCUUGCAUCAAAUACAACCGAUACAACGUUGCUCUUUACGGAGAAUUCUGUCAGGUGAAGGACACCACCGAGUACGUUCAACAUUUCGAAAAGAAAUUGAAUGAGACCCUGAACCAAUCUGGAAAUCACUGGACUCAUGUUUACAUCACCGCUUUAGGCAACAUCGGACAUCCACGCAUUGUCAAGGUUGUGCAGAUGAUUUUGGAUGAUUCCAACGAUCCCAUCGAGAAAUCUAAGGCCAUCUUCGCCCUCAAGAACGUCGUCGUCUCUAAGGAGGCUGAACAAACUUCCAGUGAUGAUAGCAUUGAAGUAGUCGACCGAGUUGCCAAGGUUGUGAUUGAUGACGAAUAUGUCGAGAAGAAGGUCCUCCCCAUCCUCGUUUCCGUUGCUUUCGACAAGUCUGAGCACCCAAUGGUGCGAAUGGCAGCUAUCCAAAUGCUGAUCUACUCUCCCCAAGCUGAUGUUGCUAUCUGGCAACAACUUGCUAUUAGCACCUGGUCUGAAAUUUCCCAGGAAGUUCACUCCUUUGUCUACUCGACGAUCAAGAAUCUGGCUCAACUCCACACCAUUCUCCGACCUGCCCACCUCAACAUGGUCCGAAACGCCAACGCUGUCCUUUCCCUCACCAAGGACUUUGACGAUGGUCUCCUCAAGUCCCGCAACAUUUUCAGCUCUGGAUACGUUGGUGACCUCAACAGUGGAUACUUCCAACAGUUGACUUAUUAUGGUGCCCGAGACUCCAUCAUUCCUAGCUCGUUGUACUACCGAAACUACCUUCAAUUUGGAACCGGUGCAUUCGGAACCAACCCAAUCGAGUUCUCACUCCAAGCCCGCACUGUUAGCCAAAUCGCCGAGGUUGUCGCCGAUCAACUCGACAACAGCAGCAGCUCUGAGGAGUCUGGCGAGAAGAACCCCGUCAUCCAAGAGCUCAAGAGCCUUCUUGGAAUUGAGAAACGUGAGAUGGAUGAAACUGCUCAUGGCUCAAUGUUCCUCAACAUCCGCAAUGAAGUUCAACGCAUUGUCGAAAUCAAUGUCAAGGACUUGCAGAAGCAAUGGAAAUCUCAAGCCAUUUAUGCUUUGGCUUCCCUCCGACGUGGAGUUGAUAUCAACUACCAAAAGGUUGCUCAACUCGUCCACCACACCAUGGAAAUGCCCACCAUCUUUGGUGUUCCAUUGUUGUACAAACAACGCCUGCCCGUCAUGCUGUCCGUCGUUGGUAAGACCAAGCUCCAAGGAGGAUCAAGCGAUGGACAAUUGCAAGCUCAACUCGAAGUCGUAUUGGCUGGUAAGCUGACUCAGAAGGUAGCCGUCAAGGUCCCAUUCUUGGGUAAGAAGUACGAAUCUGGAUACCAACGUCACAUUGUUGUCGAUGCUCCAUUCCGAGCAACCGUCAGAAUUGCUUCCAAGAAACCUAUAACCGUUGCCGUCACUCCCACCAAGGACAUCAACGGCCCUGCCGCUGGAACCAUUGAGCUGGUCACCUACCACCAACGCCCAUACACCGCAAUCAUCACUGACGAGCUCUACCCCACCGUCCAUCACCGUGGAGGACAGAUGAACGUUAUCAACUCUGAGGAAAAAUCCCCCGUUUACACCAACGAAGAAACUUACGGAAAACAAAUCUUGGGACUUGCCUUCCGAGUUAAGGAACAAUCCGACUACAGGGAGGAACAAGAAACCCUGACUGGAUGGGGCCGAUUCAUCCGCCGAUUCCACUCUCCAUCUUGCUUCCUUAACCUUGGUGUUUACGGUCCAAAAACCAUCAAGUUUGCCGAACGUCAAAUUCUUUUGGACGUUGGGGAAUCCAAGACCAAGACUUUCGUCGUUGCCCUUGCAGCCAAGCGUGGAAGCAGCUCCCUCGAUGGAUCUUUCCACACUGACUCUUCUAGCUCCUCCUCGUCUUCCUCCUCCUCUUCCGAAUCUGCUGAUAACAGUGACAGCAGCGACAGCACCAGCAGCCAAAGCGGAGAUAAGCAGAGCCGUCUUCGAUUCAUCCGUGGAUCAUCGUCUUCCUCAUCUUCCAGCGAGACCAAUGAAUCCUCUGACUCCAACGAGAACUCGAAGGAAGUUUACAGCAAGGCUCGCGUCAUUGCAUUGGCCGUUUUCGGUAAGGUCCGUGCCAUUCCUCCAGUUGAACAGACCUCCAGCAUUGUGAACAACUUGGAUCAACAAAUCGAGUCCAAGAUUCAAUACCUGUUGCAAAUCGCUGUUCGUAAGAACAAGAUCUUGAUCCAAGCCGCGUCCGCUGAUGCUGCCAAUGAAGUUGCCAAGGCUCUCCCCACCGACUCUGAAUCCCUCCAAGUUCUCCGUGACGCUCUUGUCAAGGGGCCCAAUGCCAAGGAACAACAGGACGGUUGCAUGGAAUUAUACGCCAAGUACACUGCUCCACAACACGCCAACCAGCAAAUCCUCACCGUCUUGCGCAAAACUUUGCUCGAGAAGGACUUGAAGGUUCAAGUUCAAGGACAAUACAAAUUCGGAGAGACCUGCAAAGACUCCGACCUCAAGUACAAAAUCGAAUUGGACGGACAAUUGGAGCGUAAUGCUGAGCAAACUAAAUAUGCUGGCAAGGAAUCUGACGAAGCUCAAGCUUGCGAGGAGGAUGAGAAGAAGGGAUUCACCGUUUCCGACACUUGCUUGGUGGUUGCCAACUCUCAGGCUGCUGCUUUGAACAAGUGGCGUCUGACCUUCAAGUGGAACAAGGAUAUGCCAAAUGAGCUCAAGAACGUCACCGAGCAAGUUGAGGACUUUAUCAAGUACUUGUACUACCCAUACGUCUCCCACAGCUACUACCCAGAACCCCAGGAAACUUCCCCAGACCGCACCAUCAUUGCCGAAUUCGAACACUCCCCAGACACCCUCUUCUGGAACUUGGUUGUCCGAAAACCCACCUCCGUGUUGGCUUUCAAUGACGUUCGAUCUGGCCCAGUUGUCCAAGCUGUCCUUCCCUUGACCGCAACUCAAACUCUUCCCCAAAACUUGAUGGAUUACUUUGCCGGAAACGACUCCCAACCCACUUGCCAGUUUGAGCAACGUUACUUGUCCACCUUUGACGGAGUUACUGCCCGUUACAAACCCGAGGUCGCCAAGGGUUGUUAUCACCUUUUGACUGCUGACUGCUCUGGAAAACACACCAUGGCCGUGUCUGCCAAGAACUUGGGAACUCAAGACAUCAAAUUGAAGGUUGUCCUCUCUGGCGCUAAGAUCACGAUUGGAAAACAACAGUCAGGACAAGGAAUCGUCCGCCUCAUCAAGGCAACUCAAACCCGUGCCCUUACCGUCCUCGUCAACGGACAAGAGGUUCAACUCCCAUACACCGUCAGGAAAGAGAACCAGAAACAAAAGAGCAACGACUUUGUUGCCAGAAUCAAGGACAUGUCGAAUGGAGGUGUCCAGAUUGAGACCGAGGAACAGGAUAUUGGUUUCGAUGGAGAGCGAAUUGUCAUCUACGGAUCUGAAGUUUACCGUAAUGUCACUUGCGGUAUGUGCGGUGAUUUCGAUGGAGAGAAGGUCGCUGAUUUCCGCAGCCCCCAAGAUUUCCCCCUGAGCUCUGCCACUCUUUUGUACGCCAGUUAUGCUUACAACUCCAAGAGCGACAGCGAAACCUGUCACGUUGAGCCAGCCGUCCGUCAGCUUAUCAAGCAAGAGGAAUCCAUUGGACAACAAGGCCACAGCCGUAGCUACCUGUCCCGAUCUGCCAGACAAGGUAGUGUCUACGGAAAGAAGUCCAACAAGAACCAGGCUUCGUCAUCUUCAUCCUCUUCCGAGUCCAGUGAACAGUACUCGAAAUCAUCCCGGGGCCAACAAAAAAAGUCGCCAAAAUCCCCCAAGGUUCACCAACAAAUCCGCAUGCUCGAAUCCAAGAACAAGAUCUGCUUCUCUGAGAAGAAGGUCGAAGCUUGCCCAUACGGAUAUCAACCAAAGGGUGGAAAGACCAUCUCUGUCCAAUUCUCUUGCUACAAGAAGAACAGUUCAGUUGCUAACGAAAUCAAGCAACAACUAAAGUCUCGAUUCGUCGACCUGUCUCAAUCUCAGUACAGGAGCUAUGCCGAACGUCAAACCCUUGAUGUUCAUGAGAAGCCAAACCAAUGCGUUCGUUCUUAUUAAACAACUACAACUCUUCAGCUUAAAAGAAAAUCUACUCUAAACUCGAUCGUCAUACUGUAAACUGUGAUUCACUUUCUUCUCUUUUUUCAUUUUUCUGUCCGAAAUUAAUGUAGUAUUUUAGCUUGAAUCCCACCUCUCUACAACUUACCCCUCGUAGUACAUAUCGUAGUGUAAUAUUCUCUCGCCUUGCUCACUUUCUUCGCAGUUAUGUUGAUGAUACACAUUCGAAAAUAUUUAUUUAUACCAAAUUUAGUUUAAUUCGGUUUAAUUUAUUUUCAAAAUUCGACAUUAUUUGGAACCAAUAAAUUAUGCAUUAUAUUGAAA